GGGGAGUAUCUGGUCCUGGCUAUGGAGACUGGGAAGCUAACAUGUCGAGGAAAGCGGCGUGGUUCCGCCAAAGAAAGCUCUGCAACUUCCUGAUGCACACGAGCACCUCUGCCUCUCUGCACUCAUACCCGACGCUGGAGCGUGACCGGUUCCUGUACCUCCUCUUUCUGUGGCCCGACCAGUACAUCGAAUGGAUCGAGCAGCUCACCAGCCGAACAGUGUCGCGCCUCUGCUGGGGCACCCCGCAGCCGGGCCAGAUCCUGCGGCACACGACUCUGGGCUUGCUCGAGACCAUCAGCCCGUCCGGGUCACUGCCCAACGUCCUCAACUUCCUCCGCCACCUGCCCUUCCUCCUGAGCCCGUGGAAGCGCAAAGAGAAGGGCCGGCGCGAGCUCGAGAUGAGGCUGUUCGACGCCAACCUCGCCUUCGUGCAGGACGGCCUCGACCGCGGCCAGGCCGGCCCCAGCUUCGUCCGCGCCUUCUUCGAGACUAAGGAGGACCCGGACGAGCGGGUUCGGCAGCGGUGGGGGGACGUGCCCGAGGCCGUCAACGUGGUCGGCCUCAUGGCCAUCGCGGGCGCGCUGACCAUCGGCAGCCCGCUGCAGUCGUACAUGCUCGCCAUGCUGCACUACCCGGAAUGGCAGAGCCGCCUCCAGGACGAGAUCGACGCCGUCUGCGGCGGCGCCUGCCCGCAGUGGGACGACAGAGAGCGGCUGCCUCUGCUCCGCGCCGUCGUCAAGGAGGUCAUCCGCUGGCGCCCGCCCGUGCCCACAGGUAUCCCGCAUGCGAGUGAGGCAGACGAUGUCUACAACGGAUACUUCAUCCCGGCCGGAGCCACGAUCCACGCUCUCGAGUGGUAAGUACUGCGUGGCCCCCUUAUUUCUUUCCGUCUUGAUGCCUUUACAUCUUGUUUUAUUUCGAACCUUGUUCUGAUGAUCCCUCCUUUGCC